AUCGUCUGCGUUUUGGUUCCUAUCAUGGAAGAGUGGUGGCUAGACGAUGACGUAACGCAGAAGAAAAGCAAUAUGUCUUCUCCGACGAACAGUCAAAUUGUGGAUGAAUUCGAAUACUCUUUUCAGGCUUGUCUUGCUGCCUUGACAAAUCCAGAUUAUUUCAAUUUAAGAGAUUCUGAAGAAAUAAAAACAGGUGUCGAACAAACCAUUCAGAGAUUUCUUGACUUAGCAAGACAGAUGGAAUGCUUUUUCCUACAAAGACGAUUGUUGUUGUCAAUUCAGAAACCUGAACAUAUAAUAUUAGAAGAUACUAACGAAUUAAAAAAUGAAUUGGCUCGUAAAGAACAGUUGUUGCAGAAGUAUUAUGACAAAAUACAAUAUUGGCAAAGCUUAUUAUCCGACACUACCGGUAUAGCAGCCAGACCCACACAGAUGCCACCUCCGCACACGCAGAGCAUGCAAUCUACUCAACCUCAGAUGCAGGGAAUACCUACUCCUGUAUCUGCCCCUCAGCCUAUGAUGCAAAACAUUAUGCCCUCUCAUUGCCAAGCACCUCCGCCGAAUCAAGGAGGAAUGAACCAGCCACCUCCAGCAAUGGUUCCACCACAUCCGCCACAGAUGCAUCCUCAACAUAUGGUUCCCGGUCAAACUCAAGGAAAUCUGCAAGGACCAUUAGCAUACUUGGAAAGAACUAUGUCUAAUAUAGGUAUGCCAGAUGGUAGUGCAAGAUAAUUAUGGCAUUCCUGUUUCUGAACAGUGUAAUAAAUGUAUAUUUUUAUUAAAAUAAACCUGAUAUAUAUGAGGACUGUAUUUGACUUUGAUUAUCACAAAACUAAAUAAGAAGUAUAAAAAAAAUAUAAUAUA